AUGGCUGUGUUGGGGAAUCAUUAUAGUGUGUUAGGCCUAGCAUCUACUGCAGGCCCUAACCUGACAGACGAAGAAAUCUCCAAGGCUUUUAAGAGGAUGGCGUUGAGGUUACAUCCUGAUAAGAACCCUCGUAAUCCCAAUGCCCAUUCCAAUUUCCAGAGACUCCUUACCUCCUACAAUAUUCUGAAGAAUCCGAUUUCCCGCAAAGAGUUUGAUCAUCUUCUUCAAGUUCAGCAUCAGCGUCAGAAUCAAGCUCAGAGCUGUCAUCAUCAGACUUGCAACAAGCGACAGAGAGAUGAGCAGCAGCAGUCUUCCAUGAAGCGUUCGAGACACCCCAUGGGACCACGCACGCCGUCUGAGCCACCAAAGAAGCCUGCUUUCACAAUGACAGAGUUCUUUAUGGAAUUUGAUCGCAUUCGUAAAUUAGUUGCUGAAGGUGGUGUUCACAAAGUGGCGAGACUCCUUACCUCCUAUAAUAUUCUGAAGAAUCCGAUUUCCGGCAAAGAGUUUGAUCAUCUUCUUCAAGUUCAGCAUCAGCGUCAGAAUCAGGCUCAGAGCUGUCAUCAUCAGACUUGCAACAAGCGACAGAGAGAGGAGCAGCAGCAGUCUUUCAUGAAGCGUCCGAGACACCCCAUGGGACCACGCAUGCCGUCUGAGCCACCAAAGAAGCCUGCUUUCACAAUGACAGAGUUCUUUAUGGAAUUUGAUCGCAUUCGUAAAUUAGUUGCUGAAGGUGGUGUUCACACAGUGGCGGUUAAUGAAGGCUAUAAUCAUAUUAGACUUUAG